AUGACCGACCAUGGUUCUUCAUCCAACUUAAGGGGUUAUCUAUUAAAAUGGACUAACUACAUAAAAGGGUAUCAAAGGCGGUGGUUUGUUUUACAAAACGGUUUGUUGUCAUACUAUAGAAAUCAAUCCGAAGUUACUCAUACAUGUCGAGGCACAAUUAAUCUGGCUAAUGCCAAAAUUGUCUCAACUGGGCAUUUAACAUUGGUCAUUUCAAACAGCAGUAGCCAAACUUUCCAUCUCAAGGCGGCGAAUGAAAUCGAGCAGAAGAAGUGGAUGACCGCCUUAACAAUGGGCAAGGCUGAUGCCCUCGCUCUGGGCAAAUCAGGUGAUGAUUCGGAUGAUUGGGAUGAUGGAGAGGAUGAAAAUGAUAUUGCUUGGUCAUCUCCACGAUUGAUGCCGGAAGAUGGUGCUCGUUUGGUUGAGCAUGCACUCUCCCACUUUGAAAAUCGUGUUAACGAUCUUCAACACUAUCAGGAUACUCUGAAGAGAAAGGCUGACGAUUUACAACGAUCAAUUAAUGAGCUGGAUGCUUGCAAUCUUCCACCAGAUCUGAUCGAAAAAAUCUGCAAUGUCAUGGAUAAAGCAACCGUGUAUAAGGUCGCAAGUUUGGCUAUGGUUAAUUCAUGCUCUGACUUUCUGGGCUUUGCCAGAACUCAGACAAAACGUUGGCGCCGUAUCUUCAAUGCCCAAGUCGAUCGUCGAGCACACUUGGAGCAAAUGAUUGAAGAGCUGGCCAAACAAAUUCGCAAACUGGAAAUUCAAGCCCGCAACAAGUCGGUCCAUUCAGGAUCAUGGGCAAUUCCAGGACAAGCCGUGCUGGUACGUCGCACCUCGACGGAAACCACUCGCACACGUUCGACCACACUGGGCACGUGCAGCGGUGGUGGUGCCGGUCUCCCGCCCUGUGCCUCCACCGCGGUCUCCAGCAUCACUUCGGACGACGAGGACGACUUCUAUGACGCCCAGGAUGUCGAGGACUGUGAAUUUGAUGUUAUUCUGCCCACUACCUCGACUUCUGCCGUCACAGAAAAGCCGUCCAUGAUCAAUGCUGCCUCGCCCAGCUCUACAGCCUCCAUCCCAGUGGGUACGGACCUCGCGAUGGAAUACGAGUCGGACACCGCAGACUCGGAGCUGGAAGGAGAUACUGAUGAGACGGAAAAGGGGCAACAGAAGUUUCGUGGAAAACAGGCGCAUGUCAUUCAGAAACAUACUUGGGGUAGAGCUGGUCGAGCCUCUGCACAACCUGAGUCACCCCCUAGCGUCGCCCCGGGGAAGGUUGGCGCCGAGGCAGGAACCUCGGUGGCACCCGAGAGACGCAUCAUCCCCGUGCGUAAGCCCGUACAACGAAGAACCACUAUCCCUCCAAAGCCAAACAUUAGUCUCAACCUCUGGAGCAUCCUCAGCAACUGCAUUGGAAAGGAGUUGACCAAAAUUCCCAUGCCUGUGAACUUCAGUGAGCCGCUUUCGAUGCUGCAGCGCCUGUCGGAGAACUUUGAGUACUCCUACGUGUUGGAUCGGGCGGCAGCAUGUGCAGAUCCGCUGGAGCAAUUAGCCUACGUCUCCGCCUUUGUGGUCUCCUCCUACGCGAGCACUGCUCUGCGCGUGAACAAGCCAUUCAAUCCCCUUCUCAACGAGACCUACGAGUGCGAUCGCACCGACGACCUUGGGUGGCGCUCCGUAGCUGAACAGGUUAGCCACCACCCUCCUGUUGCAGCGUUCCAUUGCGAAAGCGAUCUCUGGUACACCUGGUUCGACUUCUCUAUUUCUACCAAAUUCCGCGGGCGCUAUCUGCAAAUAAAAGUAAACGGUGUUUGUCACCUGGUCUUUCGAAAGACUGGCUAUCACUACACAUGGACCAAGAUUCCUCUCACUGUGCACAACAUUAUCGUGGGAAAACUGUGGAUUGAAAAUAGCGGUGAAAUCGACAUAACCAACCACAAAACUGGUGACAAGUGCCACCUCACAUUCAAGCCCUAUUCCUACUUUUCCAGCGACAUUGCCCGGCGGGUGACAGGAGCAGUGAGUGAUAGGUCGGGCAAAGUGCACGGCAUUAUUAACGGCACGUGGGAUGAAUUCAUAGAGUACGCACCAGUGGUGACCAAUACACUCUCCACUGGCGGUGAAAAACCUAUUCUGGAGACUGGACCACCCGUUCAACUGUGGCGCGUGUCGCCUCUGCCUCCGGAGGCUGACAAAAUGUACAAUUUCACCCAAUUUGCCAUCCAGUUGAAUGAUAGGCCGGAUAAUGAACCCAACCUUUGUCCUACGGACAGUCGACUGCGUCCCGACCAGCGCCUCAUGGAGGAGGGGCUGUGGGACGAAGCCAACGUUGAGAAGGUUCGUCUGGAGGAAAAACAGCGUCUUCGUAGGCGCCAGAUGGCGCUAAAGCUGAUCAAUAAAGAAUCCUCAAGCGACGGCGCCCCCUCCACUGCCGGUACCAGUGCCUCGAGUGCCAACGUCCCCGCCUCACUAAUGGAUACCCUCGACGAAGCGCACAAGCCGCUGUGGUUCGAAAAGGGAGUUGACCCCGACACCGGACUGGAAACCAUGAGGUUCACCGGAAGGUACUGGGAAUCCAAGGAGAAAAAUAACUGGUCCAUGUGCCCUGAUCUCUACUAA